UAAAGCUUUGAAAAUGGAACAAUAUUGUGUGUACCAAAGAUUUAGCAUGACAUGUAUUUCAGAAUAGGAGAUCAAUAAUGUAAAUGGUAGUUGUGCUACAUUAUCCUUCAAGUCUCAUUCUGAUAUUACCUUCUCUCUAGUUCUUUCUGUGUCUCUCACCAUAGUGAGGAAGCCAUACCUCUGACUCUUGCCAUCAUGUGGCCUCAGCUUGCCAUCUCUGAGCCGCUCCAGCCUGUGGUCCCAUGUUUUAACUGACUACUGGUUCCAUUUCUUCCCCUCCCUGACUACCCUCUUGUAUAAUUUCCUUGUAGAUGAGUGUCCAUACUAAUCCCUUCUGAGACUCAGUUGUUGGUCAUGCUCACUUUGCCCAUGAUAGGUAGAAAAAUGGCAAUGUGAUAGCUCUAUGCUUAGGUCUGAGUGAUCUCUCAUGGUUCCAUUUGUUCUCUUACCCUUUGCCACUGCCAAGAGAAGGAACCAGAAACCCAGUGACGCCAGGAGACCACCAGGCAACCACAAAGCCUCAGACCUGCAAAUGUGCAGCCUGAAGCAGAUCAUCCUACCAACCCAUAAACUUAUGUGCAAGAAUAUAUGAUUGUUCUGGUUUGUAAAAGUACCCCCAAAGACCCAAGUGUUGUUAAAGACUUGGUAUAGGUCCCAUGGUGCUACUGAGAGAUGUUGAACCCUUUUAGAAAUGGUGUGAGAGGGAAAUCUUUCAGUUUCUAUGAAGGAGAUAUUGGGACCUCACUUACAGGGGUGGUUUUCCUGUGUGUGCUAUCAUUUUGAAUUAUGAAUUCAUCUAAGCUUUAUUUGUGGAAGUCUUAUACAGUUGAGGUUGAGAACAAGUCCUCCCAACAUGGACUGAACUUGUUUUUCUGGUCACCUCAGAUCUUUUUGUGGGAUCACUAUUCUAAUUCUUGAUUUUGGGUUCUUAUUGCAAUGAAUAAAAUGAAUUUAAAAAAAACAACAACCUUUACAUGAGAAUGAUCCUAUUGUUUGUUUCCAUCUACUAGGAUAUUAGCUCCAGGGUCACUGUCUCUCUGCUUUUGGGCUACACACCCAAUGCCUGGAGUAGAACUUGACACAUACUAGACAUUCAAUAAGUGUUUACUGGAAGGGAUAAUUAAAGAAUACCCACUUCAUAGUGUGCUAUAAAGAAUAAAUAUGCAGAGUGCCCAAUUACAUAUGGAGUCUAUUGUCCCACCUAAUAAGAAGAUGCUGUCGCUGAUUCUAUGACUCAGUGAUUUCAAAUGUCUUUAAUUUUGUUGGCCUUUGUCUUAAGGUUGCAGGAUAGUUGCUGUAGCUCUAGAUAUCACAGCCACAUUCAAGGCAGAAGGGAAGAGCACAACGUAAGAGUAAAGAGAAUACAUCUGUAGUGUUUUCCCUUGUAUUAGGAAGGUAAAUGAUUUUUUAAAGUGCAAUGGCAAAUUUCUCCUUUUGUCUCAUUUGCUAGAAAUGGGUCACAGGAUAUCCUAGAAGUGAGGGAACUUAGAAAAUGAGCCUUUCCUCUUAUCUGGUGGCAUCUAGAUAAAAGGAGGAAAAGAGGAUUGGGGAGAGGAAAGGAGGAAAGAGAGGGAGAAAGGAAAAGAAGAGGAGAGGAAAGAAAGAGAGACUCUGGGGCCACAGCUGGAAUAUCCACCUCAAGAAGGCAUAUAUACACUUUAUACCUAAAGCAGAAAGCAAACCCUUAGAAAGGGACACACAUCUCGUGAUAACCAUUUUGGUAUCAUUUAAAACUUUGUGAUCCCUGAUCCUAUUGAUAUCAGCUCUCCUGGGCUUCUGGAACUGGUACACACUCUGGUCCCCAAGCACUAAUAGUCUCCCUCCCCUCUUUCUUGCUCUGUUCAAAGCAGUAAGUCCUUUUCUAAAAAAAUGAAAUUACAUUUUCCAAUGUGAGCUACUUCCUGUCCUCAUUAACUCUAUCCUCAGUGACUUGCCUGGAACCUGCAGCCAGCCUGAAGGAGGUCAGGGACUACAAUUAAAGGUUCUUCGGGCUCAUAGCAGGUCAUCACCAAGGUCUUUCUCAAGGACACUGACAUGAAAACAGCAGGACAGCCUGGCCUGAAUCUUGGGCUGACUCUGGAGUGGCUGAGGAAGGAGCUGUCUGAGAUGCAGAUCCAGGACCAGCAGCUCCUGCUCACACUGAAACACCUCCAUAACGUCCUAGAGGAGCUGCACAUGCAGAGCGCUCAGUGGGAAGAUGCCAGGUCCAGUGGGGGAGCAUCCCCCAUCAGAGCUCGGGCAGGCUCUGAAGGCAGGGGCUGCCGGCUAGUGGCAUCCGGGGGUCCCGCCCAGUUCCUUCAAGGGGAAGAGAAUCGAAGAAGCUCCAUUCCUUAAUGAGCCAGAGAUGACACUGGCUCUAUGCCUGCCAACUCUAGUCUAAACUUUGUGAUGUUUGGGAAGAGAGCAUUGGGAUGGGAGUCAUGAAGCCAGGAUUUGGGAGUUGUCUCUGCUCUCUGCCUUGUUCUUAGACCUGUCAUUCACUUCUCUAAGGCUCGAGUUUCUUUUCUGUCACUUAUCAGAGUUAUUUUGUGAGGCAUAAAUAAAGUAUCAGAUGUGAACAUGUACAA